AUGCUGCUAUCGGCAGCGUGCUGCAUACCAACCGUUCUACUGCUGGUGAACAUGUGGAUCAAGAUCCUGGAGAACAAUGCAAAGAAAUUCCACGGCGGUGAUGCCGUUCGUCUCGGUGAGAUGAAGAAGGCUAACAAAGCUGUCUCUUUCAUACGCAAGUAUGUUGAGGUGCCUUUCUUUACAGCGGCUAUCCUUGCAAUCCUGGUCAUCGGAGAAUGGAAUCUAUUCAGCAAGCAAGUGAGGUACCAGACUGAGCCCGUGAAGAAUAUCGGCCAAUGGGGACCCAUCGUCGGCACUGGACUUGCUGUCAUCGGCUCCCUCUACGUGCUGCUUGCGCAGGCCAUGGUGAGGGAGCAGCUGGAGUCAGAUCCACCUCCUAAAGGAGAAAUUAUUCGGCGCAUCGCAAGGAGAAUGAUGAGGUUCAGCAACUGGAUUGGAAUACCGAAGCAGGAUCGCUUCGACACUGGAUCUGAUUUUCGCGAAGUCAGGCAAAGGUUCUAUCCGACUGUACCGGGCGAAGAACAUAGGGUAGGGCAAAACGCUAUCGAUCGUGUACAGUCAGGUUACGACCAACGUCCAGAAUCAAGCAGCAUUCACUCCGCAAUGCGAUCUCGGUCAAGAUCUAGAGCUGGGAGUUCUAGAAGCGCAGUGCCCGGCACUGCGGCCGAUGGAGAACCAAGCACACCAGUGGGACACGCAAGGAGAUUGACGUUGGAGGUACCUUCGUCGUCGCAGGAUCGCGAUACCGCGCGAAGCCGGACGUACUCUGGCGGAAGCCAAAACAGCACAGCGAACCAGGAUCCACCCAUUAUCAGGGUGACGACGAUGGACCAGACGACUUCGCCGGAGAUGACGCCUCUACAAGACGUCGAUUCGUUGGACAACAUUCCAAACUUGCCACAAGAGCCAGUGCCUACACUGCAAGAACGUGGGUGA